UAUAUAUUUUUUCUUAAAUGUAACUACCACACAGGCCAGUUGUGUGAAAAUAGGUAUUUUAUCUUACUCGUCUUUGUAAAAAAAUAUUAAUAGAUUAAAAAUAGUUUGUGUUCGUAGUGCCGACUGAUGACGUCAAGCGUCCACUGGCUGUAUUGGCGCGAACGUCAAAUUCAGUCGUAGCUACCGCUCGAACUUUUAUUUAGUAUUUUUCUGACUUCAUAACAACAACUAACGUACUAUUUUGGUAAUUAGCUACCCAAUGAAAUGGGCUCCAAGAUCAUCACCGAUGCUGUACAGUUUUCGAAAAUGCUUCGGACUCUUCAAGAUGACUGCAAAGACUCCUGUAUAUAUGAGCAAGACAUCCAGAUACUGAGAGUGAAUGGAGAGAAACAUCUCCACUACAUCUACAGUGGUGACAAACCAGUCUUCAUCUGUGAGAAAACGGCCCCACACAUCGACCCUGAAGAUGACAAAAUGGAUGAGACGCACUCCGACGAUGAGACAGAUCAUCAAGUCAAGAUAGAGUUGGGGCCACAGCCUCUCACCAUCAUGAAAGCAAGGCAGCUGUUGUCUUGGUACACAAUGUCUCAGAACAGCAUUGUAUCUCCAGCGGUCUCCCCAGCCCCCCUGCUCCCUCCAGCGGUCUCCCCAGCCCCCCUGCUUCCUCUCUGGGUACGUUGUGACAUGGCCGACCCUGCUGGUACCACCUGGUUAGGAGCAGAGACCGCCUGCACCGGCAACAAAGUCUCCGGGGUCAAGCUAUACUCCGUCACAUGUGCAGGUUCAACUGUGGACAAAGGCACAUUCAUCACUCUAGAUGAGCUGAAACAGGAACACAAGAAAAGACAUCAUCCGUCCAUGACGGCUGCGAGAGGCACAGCCCAGUACAACCUGUUUGGUUCUACCGUGGUGGAAAACACGACCAUAGAAUCUCAGAGCAGUGUCACCGUGGACUUCAGAUGGAGCCAUGUAGAGAGCAUCCUGGAGUCGCCGCCUUUCUCCUCUAUGGCCACGCUGAAUAUCAAGGUGUCCAGCGGUGACAUGAGAAGUCCCAUGUAUCCGUUGUACAGGGAGCUGGAGUUUCUACAGAUCCUGGCUGAUGGCCUGAGGACAGGAGAGACGGAGUGGAUGGAACCUGUGGAGACGAGGUCUGCUGUGCAGUUGACAAGGGAAUACCUGGAUGAACUGCAGAACACUGUGAAGAGUCUGCAGGAUCAGUCGCCCAAAGAGGCAGUGAAGGUGAAGACUGAGACGGGAACAUCGGAGAUAUUCAACUCUCUGAUGGAGAGAGGAGACCUGGACUUCAUAGAACAGCUCUGGGUUCGCAUGAGGAACAGCGUGACUUCCUAUCAAGAUGUCGGAGACUGUCUGAAAAUGGUCAUCAAAGCUUUACAGUAUGGUGACAUUAAACCAUGGAUUCACAGAGACAGCAGUAGCUCCCUCAGUAAGCUGAUCCUUCAGUCAUACCACCAUCAGAUGGAUCACGUCUCUCUCACAGGUCUCACACCUGUUCACAUGCUGCUGGAGAUGGGCCUAGACAAGAUGAGGAAGGACUACAUCAACUACCUCAUAGGUCAAGAACUGACCACACUAAACCACCUGAGUUACUACCUGAGUACAGUGGAGGAUCUUCAGGAGCAGGUGAUCAGGUUGAGGAAACUGCACCACCUGCUGGAGAUCAUGGUGACGUGCAGCACUUUCCUGGGCUUGCCGUACGACAGACUCUUCCUCCUCACACAGUUGUGUUUGCAGUACUACAAGACGUGUCCCUAUGACGAGGACCACGAGUUCAAACUGCAGAUCAAACCUACCCUGAUCAGCCACUUCUACCAGAAAGAGCAGGCGGUGUCCUGGGGUGUGGAGGUGUCUAGCGGUAAUGGCCCCAGAGAGGUGAAGACGUCCUGGCUGCUGAGUGACAAGCCCCUGGUGGAACACAUCGUCUUUGAAACAGACUUCCAUAAUGAGAUGACGGUGAACGGUGACGGUGAAGAGGCUGCCUAUUUCACCACCAUGGUGUGUUGCAGCCUGGUCAACUUUGCUGCUUAGAUCCAGAUGACGUCCUCACCUGAAUAUGGAAUGCUCUAUUUCCCACGUAUAUCCAUUUCCACCAGGAGAACUAUGUACAUUUCCAUGUUUUAAUAUUUAAUAUCAACCUGUUGUAACGUGUGUAUUAUACGAUUGUAUUAAAGAUCUAACUGAAAUGA